AAUAUUGGUUACCUAGCAAUUCCAGUUUUCCUUGUGAUAGGUUUAAGCGGUAACACACUAACUAUCAUUGUAAUGCUGAGUCAGCAGUUCCGGAAAAUGUCCUUUAGUGUCAUCCUUGUAGCUUUGGCCUUGUCCGAUACCACACUGAUCAUUAUGCUACCAUUCAAUAAAGGUUUUGUAAGGGAAAUUCUUGGAGUUGAUAUCAGAGCUUUGUCCUCUGCAGGAUGUAAGCUUUUUUUCUUUAUGUUCCGUUCCGCCAAAAUGACAUCCUCCUGGUUCGUGGUCUUCUUGUGUUUGGAGAAAUUUGUAGCUGUCUGGUUUCCUUUGAAAAUUAAAUUCAUCUGCACAAAGCGGAACGCCUACAUAGGACUGAUCAUCUUCAGAGAAAUUGCUCAGAUCUUGGAACAGCUGAAUUACUCUAUCAACUUCUUCUUGUACGUCGUAUGUAGCAAGAGUUUCCGUAAUCGGAUGAAAUGCCAGUAA